AUGAUCAUCCCUAAAGAGUUAGGGAGGAGAGGUUGGAGAGUCGUACUGGAUGAAGCCAAACUGAAGAUUUAUUAUGAUGCAACUGGAAGUGUGUGGAAGGUAAGGAAGAUUGUUGAUGAACACAAUCACACCAUUGCUCUAGCUAUGUUUAGGCAUCUCCUACCAAGCCAUCGGAAGAUGAGUGACGGUGACAAAGCUCAGGUAGAUAGUAUGAAGCAAUUUAGGAUCGCUACAUCAAAGAUAAUGGCUUUCAUGGCUGGCCAGUCAGCAACAACAAUAAGUUAUUUGGAAGGCGAAGCAAAUGCCGACUUGAUGACAGUUGCAAGAUACACACGAAUGGCUGAUGAUCAACUGGGGAGUUUAUUUUGGGCUAAAGGCGCGAUAAUGGCAGAUUACCAACUUUUUGACGAUGUGCUUGAUUUUGAUACAACGUAUUGGUUAAACAAUUAUAAGAAGCCACUUAUUGUCUUUUCUCGUUCAAAUCAUCAUAGGCAGACGUGCAUUUUGGUGGUAACAUAUGCGGAUAAAUCAAUGUGUGCUACAAUCAAUGAGGUGUUGCCAUCUGCGAGGCACCGGCUUUGUGGGUCGCACUUAGAGAAGAAUUGUGUUCAACGAGUUAAGGAUGCAAAAUUUCGUCGAGUGUUCAAGAAGGAAAUUUAUGCAAACUUUUACCCAUAUGAGUUAGAAGAAUGUGAGGGCAUUACUGCUUUCAUCAAGGGAUUCCUUAAGUUUACUGAUAGUAUACUAGAGUUGGUUCACAGCUUGGAUCAAGUUGUGAAACACUAUAGGAAUAAUGAGGUGACUACCCAAUUCUAUUCGACAUACUACACUCCAGUUUUGACAACUGAGCUUGAUUCCAUCGAUCUCUUUGCUUGGAAACUGUACACUUGA